AUGUGCUAUGAAAGGACAGUACAGUUAAUGAACCAUUUAAAAGACAGGAAUGAACUGGAAUUUGUUCAUCAAAAUGUACUAUAUAAAUUAGUGCUGAACACUAUUUUAACAGUGACCCUUGCCAGAUUAAAAGAAGAAUUUUUAUUAAGUCGUUAUGGUGGUUCGUCUCCUGAUGUCUCAACCUUGUCUUUAAAUCAAGAUCGUUCCACGACGGCAUCACAGACAGAUUUACGUGGAGAGGGGUCAUUUCAAGUGAGUUUAGCUGAUUUUGAUCCUAAAGAAAUCUCGAUACGCUGGUUCAAUAUACUGAAUUUUAAAUUCAUGCAACCAGCUGUACGUAAAGUCUGCACUGGAUCAUCAAGUCAACAGUCAUCAUCGGGCAGUUCAGAGAUCAAUAAAGCUUCCAGUCUUAUAAACAAGACGACUUCCAUACGAUCAUGCUUCCCAGGGUAA